AUGACUGCAAAGGUACAAGAAGUGACUAUCGAUGAUAAUACGAAGUUGAGGGGAACUCCAGUGAGUGGAAGAACCUGGAAAAACGACAAGGGCCAAUUUAGAGUCAAGAGCAGAGUUGUUAAGAACAAGAAGUUAAGCUCAUGGCAACUAAAGGAGCAGAAAAGGCUUGAGGACAAGCAAUUCAAGGAGAGGAUGAAGGCGCUGAAAGAUGAAAAGGAGGAAGAGCGUCAAAGAAGGAUACAAUCUCUAAAGGAGAGAAGAGAAAAGAAGGCCGAAAGUGAAAGGUACGAACUGCUAGCAGCCAAGAUGCAUGCCAAGAAGGUCGAAAGAAUGAGAAGGAGGGAGAAGAGAAAUAAGGCUUUGAAGGAGCGUUGA